AUGUUCAAUUCUAGGGUUGAAAACAUAUAUUUACCUCGUAACGGCCACUUUGGUAUUUCGGCGGCGACUGGUGGACUCGCAGACGACCAUGACGUUCUUGAUUUCUCUGUCUCAUCGCUAAUUACUGACAGCCGACCUUCAACUCCUACUAGUCUUCCACAGGACGAGAAGGCAAAGUAUCAAGAGGAGUUUGAGAAACAGAUGAAGGAAUUCGAAGCAGAACGAGCCAAGUUUAAAGAGCAACAUCCUGAUAAAGCUAAAGAUGACGAUGAUUAUGACGAUUCGAAAUUUUAUGAGGAUGCAACGGUUCGAGAGCUACGGCAACUUUUCGAGAGUCAGGCCAAUAUACUCCAA